GAGUCGACGAACAAGGAACAAGAGUCGUUCUUUCUUUCGUUAACAGGCGUCGACGUCACACUAUACUUGUCGUCGAGACGAAUUAAAUUGUCUAUUGUUAACCUUUAGUUUCAACGACAAUCCAACGUUCUCUAUUAUAUUUUAAUUUAUAAUGUUUGCUCAAGGAUUGAGAGUCGUCAAGUCCGCCAUAUUGAAUCCAAUUCACGUGAAAUCCAUAUCUAAUCGUCAACAGUUGCUUACUGAAAAAAUUACCGUAAUGUCUUAUGCAAGGAAUGGUACUGGUGGUGGAAGAAGUAAUGGUUCUUAUGGAGGCCAACGAUCAUCAUAUGGUGGUGGUGGUGGUGGUGGUGGUCGAGGUGGGAUGGGUGGUGCCAAGAAAAAUCCAGGUGCCAAUUUACAAGCCCCCAACUGGGACCGUGUCCAACUAAGACCAUUUAAGAAAGAGUUCUAUGUUCCUCAUCCAACUAUUGAAAGAAGAUCUUAUGAAGAAGUUGAUAAAUAUAGAACUGGAAAAGAUAUCACUGUAAUGAGCUCAGACAGGAGCCCUGUUCCUUAUCCAAUUCAACAUUUUAAAGAAGCAAAUUUUCCCGACUACGUUAUGACAGUUAUUCGUAAUGAAGGUUUUACUGAACCUACUCCUAUUCAAGCACAAGGUUGGCCUAUUGCAAUGAGUGGCAAAAACAUGGUUGGAGUCGCCCAAACUGGUUCUGGAAAAACUUUGGGUUAUACAUUGCCUGCUGUAGUACAUAUAAAUAAUCAAGAACCUUUGAAAAAAGGAGAUGGCCCAAUUGCUUUAGUUUUGGCUCCUACUAGAGAGUUAGCCCAGCAAAUACAGAAAGUCGCUGGAUUAUUCAAUCAGUCCACAUAUUUACGGUCAACAUGUAUUUAUGGUGGUGCUCCUAAAUCUCAUCAGGCUAGAGAUUUAAUGAAUGGUGUUGAGAUUGUUAUUGCUACACCAGGUCGUCUAUUAGAUUUCUUAGAAUCUCGUGCAACCAAUUUGCAACGUUGUACCUAUUUAGUAUUGGAUGAAGCUGACCGUAUGCUUGACAUGGGUUUUGAACCUCAAAUUAGAAAAAUCAUUCAACAAAUUAGACCUGACCGACAAGUUUUGAUGUGGUCAGCCACGUGGCCUAAGGAAGUUCAGAAAUUAGCCAAUGAUUUCUUAAGCGAUUACAUUCAAUUGAAUGUUGGUUCAUUAACAUUAUCUGCCAACCACAACAUUUUACAAAACGUGGAUGUGUGUCAAGAACAUGAAAAAGAAGACAAAUUAAUGGAUUUAUUACAAGACAUAGCUAAUAUGGAAGAAAAUAAAACUAUUAUUUUCGCUGAAACCAAGAGGAAAGUGGAUACAAUAACACGUAAAAUAACUAAUAUGGGGGCAAGGGCUGUUGGAAUUCAUGGAGACAAAUCACAAUCUGAGCGUGACCAUGUGUUGAAACAAUUCAGAAAUGGAAGAGCUAAUAUUUUGGUUGCUACUGAUGUUGCUGCCAGAGGUUUAGAUGUCGAUGACGUUAAGUUUGUUAUUAAUUUUGAUUAUCCCAACAACUCUGAAGAUUAUAUUCAYAGAAUAGGCAGAACUGGACGAUCGUCACAAAAAGGUACCUCAUAUGCAUUCUUCACCCAUUCUAAYAGCAAACAAGCCAAAGACCUUGUGGCUGUUUUAACUGAAGCCAACCAACGUAUUGAUCCCAAAUUAGCUGCCAUGGCUGCACGUUCUUUCCCAAGUGGUGGUAACAAAUGGUAUGGCGGCGGUGGCGGUGGUGGAAACAGAUCUUGGGGAGGCGGAAGACCAGCUCACAGAAAAUUUUAAGUUUUAACAGAUUUCAKUGUGUAUUUAAAUGAUCAAUUUAGCAGGCUUGACUUCUGGUUGGAUAUGAUUCUAUUUGAUUUGUGUUGUAAAGUAUGAUUGUUCAUUCCUCCUUAUUCCAUCCGAACAAUUUCAUGAAAUGUAUUUUAGAGAUUUGACGUUGGAAUUAACUAAUAUUAAAUGAGUUUUCUAUUCA